GGCCGCUGUAGAAUGAGGCUCACAUGGGUGCUUAUGAUUGUUAUUGUAGUUUCCGCAGUGUGGUCAGGAAGCCAAGCAAAGUCGAAAUCAUCACCUAGUUCGAAGUCUAAAGUUUCUCAUAGCAGCACGGAUCACUCGAAGAAACCUCAUCAGGAUACAAGUCACAAGUCGGACAAACAUGACCAUUCUCAAAGCCAUAAGUCCAAGCAUGAAGACAAGCCAAAAACUUCGGAGAAGAAGAACGAACAGAAUCAAAACCAGAAGCAUGGAGAUAAGAUAACGCACACGACGGUUAGACCUGCACAUAAACCAAAAGGAGGACACACGACUAAGAAACCUGAACAUAAGAAUAUGGGGAGGGAGCAUAGAAGAAGAAAAACAACUACGACGGCGACUACAACAACCACAACAACAAGAAUGCCAACAACAACUCCCGCCCUGCCUGUGGUGGUACACCGCAAGCAGCCAGGAGGCAGCAAAGUUACUAAUAACGGCACAUCUGGUGUUGGCUUCAUCAUCGACGCACCAUUCAUCUCUUGCCCAGAAGGCCAGCGGAGGGUGAACGGUGAAUGCAAGACCGUCUUCAGCUGAGUGUGCACCUGGGAGACUGUAUCUUGUGUACGGGGGCAUUUUAAAUUUCUUUAUGGGGUAUAUAAAAUUUUUAUUUAUCUUUUUAAGUUAAUUAAAAACGAUAAGUUGUUCAUUAAGCACUGCUAGAAGUAACCGAAACAUUUUCCCUCCGAAGAUAAAGGACGCCAUGUCCAUUUUUUUAUAAAAUGAU